CCGGAUCCGGAAGCAGAGGCGCGCACGGGAGGUGGUGCUUGCUCCCUAGGCUGGCCCCGGGGCUGUGGGGGCCGCAGCGGGGGUGUUGUCCUUGCGGCUGAUCAGGAGCUAAUGGAAGUGGUUGAAGUGGUUGACCUGAAGAGCUGAGCGUCAUCCAGAGGCGUGGUUGGUGGUGAAGGGCUCCGUGCUGUGGUUUCCCGUGUUGGAAGCUGGAGGUGUCACGCUCUUGGCAUCCCAGGAAAAUACAGUGUUCUGUAAAGUUAUCUACUGAAAGAUGCCUCUCUGUCAGAGUGCAAAACUGCCCGAAACUGGAAAUCGGCCAGAUUUAUAACAUGGAUUACACAUUGCUUUCCCUCUUUUUCUCUGUAGGACUGCUCAUGCUGGCUGCAUAGCUUAUUGCUGAUAAUAUUCAUCACUUAUGAGAUAUGUUCCUUAUUGUUUCCAUCAAAUCAGUGCUUUAUACACGUGCCAAGAAGCUUUUAGUUUUGUAUGUCAGCCUUAUGUCUAGGCGAGACAGCAGAGAGCCUGUUCUUUGUCAUUCAUUUUCUCAGCUUUGCCCCUGAUAUCCUGAGGAGUCAGUGCUCCAGGAAAACUGUCCAGAGUAAUUGUAUCUAUAUGCCAGUUCCAGUAAUGUUGAGGUAUUACCUCUGCGCAGGGCCUUUGGAGUUUUGCAGUGGAAAGGUUUCAGAGUGUUAAUCCGUGGCUCUCCUUUUACUUUUUUUCCCUCUUUUCCAUUUUUUCCCCUGCCCACAAUAUGGUUUGUAAUCUAUCAGCUGCAAAGAAAUUACAUGUAGGUCAUUUUUCAUGGUUCUCGAUGACAUUAAAAAAAAAAAGCUUUUAUCUAGGUUCCUGCUUUGGUUUUUAAAAGGUGCUUUUUACAACUCAAAGGUAACUAAUAAGAUACAAUUUAAUUCUGUAGUAACUUCGGAGGGGUGGACAACUUUUUUACUGUGCUGAGCUGUGUUUGCUGCCUAAAUACAGCUGGUCUGUGUGAGCCCCGUGUUUUGUGCUGUUUCACAGCUCCUGGUGUGGCUGGCAGAGGGGAAUGGCUGUGAGAGCUUGUGGCUUGAUCAUCUACAGGAGGCUGCAACCAGCACCAUCCUGUAAGGUCUCUGACAGCAUCGAGUACCUCCUGCUUCAGACAUCCUACGGGACCCACCACUGGACCCCGCCCAAAGGCCACGUGGACCCAGGGGAGGAUGACCUGCAGACAGCCUUCCGGGAAACACAGGAGGAGGCUGGUCUGCAGGCCAGCCAGCUCACCCUCGUCGAGGGCUACAAGAAGGAGCUGCACUACCCUGUCCAUGGCAAGCCUAAGACUGUUGUGUACUGGCUGGCAGAAAUGAAGGACUGCAACACAGAAAUUAAGCUGUCCGAGGAGCACCAAGCUUUCCAGUGGCUGAAGCUGGAGGAUGCCUGCAAAUUUGCAGAAUAUGAGGACAUGCAAGCAAUGCUGAAAGAAGUGCAUCAGUUUCUCUGCUCCAGAAAAUAAGUGUUUUUGUGAAGUAUAAGGGGAUUAUUGAGGAGACGGGUCUGGUUUUUAUGUUUUAAACUGGAGAAAGCAUUAUAUGGUUGCAGAAAUGUAGAUUUCUUUUUUUUUUUUUUAAUCUGUAGAAAUUCAGUGAGGAUACAUGGAGCUUUCAAAGAGAUUGUGCUUUUGUCUCCUCUAGCUAGCACAAAAAAGCAUAGUCUGAUUGAACCAUAAGCCAGAGAUGUCUGAAUUGAAGCCCAAAGCUAACAAAAGACUUCCUCUGUCUCCUUUUUUUUUUUCCUGUUUUUUCCCUUUCUUUUGCUUCCUUGAAGUGCUGAUCUUUUUGAAAAAUCAAACACUUGAUACAUCUUGACUUGCUGAUGUAAAGCUAAAGAGUUGAGAAAAUGAGCAUAUGGGGAUUUUUAAUAACAAAAUGCUUACUGCAGAAGUCACAUCUUGAAUUUCAGAUGAGAAAGCAGUAGUUCUGUUCCCAACUUUUUCAGUGAUAUGCAGUGGUAACUUGUCAGAUCAUUUCAGAUCCUUUUUGUUUGUAUCAUGAAUUUAUGUACAUCUCUAAUGUACUGUUGUGAGAAUAUUUUCUAUCCAGAGUCGUAGUAAAUGGUUGAGGUAUGGUA